AUGGCGUCCUCUUGGAGAUCAUUGCCUCCAGAGAUUCGUCUCCUAGUUCUACGAUGUAUCAUCCCUCAAUAUCGACUCAAAGAAACCAUCAUCGACCGCGGAUUCCCUCGAGCAUCUUUAUUAACCACCGUGUCCAAAGAAUGGCAAGAGUUUUUCGAGAGAGAAACCUUUCGACGCAUGGAUCUGGAAGCGACUGAUUUGUAUACUUUUUCCAGAACCGUUCUGGCAGACAAACCAGAAAGUGCAACGACCGUUACUCAGAACAACAGGACGUUUACGCAAGCUAUGGCAGUUCUCCUCAAGACACUAUCUUCUUGGGAGGGCCAUAGUGGAGGGCUCACACUUGAGAUUCGUGCACACUCACCCAGUGACCAGCAAUUCCACGGCAACCUAAUCCAGCUUUACGACGACUACCCACUCCGGUUUAAGGACGACCCACAGCUGUCGACUACGUUCUUGAAGUUUUGCAGGAGAAACAGACCCACACCACACAAUUUCAGCACGACCAGUUUCGAACUCGAACUCGAACUCGAACCUCACGCCAGAUCCGCAACCUCUACUCGUCCCUUCAUCUCUCUUCUUUACUCUCUGUUUCAGCUCUCACGUCUCAUCAUGGCUGCCUUGGCCCCCACCAAUCCUCUUCUCUCUACCCAGAAGAGUUCCGAGCUUCAGGCCGUCCUUCAUCCUCUCGUCCUCCUCACCAUAUCCGAAUACAUAACCCGACACACUCUCCGUUCUCAGGCAGGUCCUAUCAUCGGCGUCUUGUUGGGCCAGCAGAAUGGCCGCGAGAUCACAAUCGAGCAUGCUUUUGAAGCCCAUACCCGCCAAGAGCCCAGUGCCCAAGGCGGAUACCUACUGGAUGCAGACCGGUUUGGUGCACGGUUGGAGCAGAUGACCACUGUCCACAAAGAUAGGCAACUUGACCUCGUCGGCUGGUACACCCUUCUCCCGUCUUCAGGCCCUACUCCAACCAUCCUGCCCAUUCACAACCAGAUUCUCACAGGUUGGAACGAGUCAGCUUUACUACUCGGCUUUCAUCCCGAACAGGUCGUUGACCACUCCGUCGGUGGCAAGCUUCCCCUCACCAUCUACGAAAGCAACUACGAGGUCGACGACCCCAAGGCCGACAACGAUGGCGAGGACAAGAAGAUGGGCGAUGGGGAGCCCCUGCUUAAGCUCAAGUUCAGAGAGCUGCCUUACUCUGUCGAGACCGACGAAACCGAGAUGAUCAGCAUGAACUACGUUGCGGCUUCAGGAGGAAAUGCCACUGCCGCUGCCCCCAAGGAUGACAAACCCUCUCUGUCAAUUGAGUCCAACGGCAAGGGCAAGCGCCGGCUGGUCGAGAGCCAAGACGAAGACAACACGAAGGACAGCGUCCAGGAGGAAGAAAUCACUCUGACGCCUGAAGAGGACGAAAUGAUUGCUGCCCUCACCGCAAAGGCAAAUGCUAUCAAGAUGCUCCAGUCUCGAAUUAACCUUCUCACAACAUAUCUCGAGCGACUACCCCCCGCAUACCUUGAUCCUAACUCAUUUGACCCCAGUAGUAUGGAUGCCGAUAAUACUAUUCCAUCUGUGACUGUGCUUCGGAAGAUUCAAGCCCUUGUCAGUCGCCUGGACCUUGUCAUUCCUUCAGACAGGGCCUCUUUCGAUCGUGAGAUGCUCCAUGAGGCCAACGAUGUCAACCUCGUGAGACUCCUUAAUGGUAUCGUGCAGAAUCUCGGCCAGGCCCGCGACGUGGGCAGGAAAUUUCAUGUCGUUGAAACCGCAAAGGCCUCAAAUCGUCGUGGUGCCAUGCCGGGGCCUGGUCAGGAUAUCCCGAUUGCCCCCUCUGCUUACAACAUCCGCGGAGCCGGAGAUCUCCUGAUGUAA